AUGUCCCCGCUACAGCAGGCUACAAAGCAAGGAAACAUGGAGCUUGUGGAUUUGUUCCUCGAAGCAGGAGUAAAUGUGAAUAAAGAACCAGUAUCACACAGCGUGCCGACAGCAUUGCAAUUUGCCGCAAUUCAGGGCUAUAUUGGAAUUGCCCGCAGACUCUUUGGUGCCGGUGCUAACGUCCAACAACCCCCCUCCAGGGCUGAGCAAUAUGGAAGAACGGCGCUCGAGGCCCCUGCUGACCAUGGCCGACUGGAUAUGGUACAGCUCUAA